GCACUAGGCGGAAGCGUGAGAUGAGUGUGUACGCAUGCGCGUAUCCGUAAUGGACCGGGUCGGGUCAUGGAUCUUCUGACCGGACUGUUGAAUCGUGUCUGGCCGCCUGUCAAUGAUAAAAGGAGCAAAAAGAUGGAGGAGAAAGCGCUGGAGGUGUACGAUGUGAUCCGAACCAUUCGUGAUCCAGAGAAGCCCAACACUCUGGAAGAGCUGGAUGUGGUGACGGAGAAAUGUGUGGAGGUCCAGGAGCUCGGAGACGAUGAAUAUCUCAUUAUUAUCAAGUUUUCUCCAACCGUACCGCAUUGUUCACUGGCCACUCUGAUCGGUCUUUGCUUACAAGUGAAACUUCAACGCUGUUUACCGUUCAAACACAAGUUGGAGAUUUACAUAACUGAGGGAACGCAUUCGACUGAGGAAGACAUUAAUAAACAGAUCAAUGAUAAAGAACGUGUUGCUGCCGCCAUGGAGAACCCAAACCUGCGGGAGAUGGUGGAACAAUGUGUGACAGAACCAGACGAUUAAACCCGUUUAAACCCGUCUUUAUAAUAACUGAACUGUUAGAAGUCAUUUCAGACUUCACUCAUUCCAUCUUCAGUCUCUCGGUGUGCUUGUUUGUUCUUAAGAAGAACUUUCUUUCUGUCUGUGCUUCAGGAGAAACUGUUAUGAUUAUAAAAAGACCUCAGAUUCUUAUACAUAAAACUUUCUGUAUAAUCUGAUCCUCAUAUAUAUCAAGAUUAUAUGUAAAAAUGAACUAGUUUUUAAUGUUUUUUGUAAACCUAUAUAAGGAUGAGUUUGUAAAUUAUUUGAUUUUGUAAGUGAAAGUCUAUAUUUGUAGAACUUCAGAUCUUACAAAUAAAACUCUCAGAGAUGUG